AGUCUUUUGAGACGGAAGAAAGGAGACUUUUUUGGAGAUAAUACCUUAUGAGCAACUCUAAUGCCUGAAAACGAAUAUUUCGGUUAAUUUCUAUAUACUGAGAGCGAGAAGCGAAACCCAGAAAUUGAAGAACACAUUUCUUUGCUCUUAUGAGGUGAAAUGGCAGACUGGGUACCAGGAAUGGCUGUUUCUGAGGGGAAUCUCGUGGUGUCGGUGAAGUGGUGAGACAUAGCAGACCAGUGAUUUACUUGUAAAAAUGGGGACAUACUCUGGUGGAAACAAUGUAGUACCUGAAGCUAACGCAGGGCCAUCUCUUUCACAUUUUUCCUGGUUUUAUCCCGGAAACUUUUAUUUCCCAUCGCAGACGAGUAAUAGCCCUUCGCGUGAAACUGAAAUAGAUGAGGAACCUGUUCUCUCUGUGGCUCCUAUUCGUUCUGUUGCUGCUACAGCUGACACGACAAAGAAUGUCGGGUCAGGAACUAAAUCCGCCAAGGCUAAAAAGCAAAAGUCUUCUACGAAUAGUUAUAAUCAGCAACCAUCUAACAUUUUGAAGCCAAAGCAACCCAAAAAGAGUUCUUCCAAAAAGACAAGAGCACAACUUGCGCCUGAGGCAAAACGGGAGAAAAGGAAUUUCAACAUUAAUAUAGAAAACUCAAGCUUUGAUUUCUCCGGGGUGCCAUCCCCUUAUUGUUCCUGCACAAGUAUGGCUAGAGUUUGCUACAAAUGGGGUGCUGGUGGAUGGCAGUCGUCAUGUUGCACCAUUAACAUAUCUGAAUAUCCUCUUCCCAUGAAUUCCGCAAGGCCUGGUGCUCGCUUGGCUGGUAGAAAAAUGAGCAAUGGAGCGUACACGAAACUUCUACUGAGACUUGCAGCUGAAGGUCAUGAUCUUACUCACCCUGUUGACCUAAGAACUCACUGGGCCAGACAUGGUACUAACAAGUUUGUUACAAUCAGGUAGAGUUUUAGACAAGUUAGCUCUAUAAGAAUUUACUAGUUGCUCUUAUAUAUAACUUCCAUAUUUUCCUCGAAGAGAGUUGGCCAGAGGCGGUGCCAACAUGGUCAUUUGUAUGUAUAGUUACGCCUGUUUUCCCUAGUAUGUGAAAUGCUCCUCUGCUUCCAGAGACCACCUUACUUGUUAAGAUUUGUUAUAUAUAUUUAAAUUGAGACAUAUAGAUGGUCUUGGUAUCA